GAAGCAUCAUGCCUGAACCAGCCAAACCCGCGCCCAAGAAGGGCUCUAAGAAGGCCGUCACCAAGACCGCCGUUAAGGGAGGAAAGAAGCGCAGAAAGUCCAGGAAGGAGAGUUACGCCAUCUACGUGUACAAAGUGCUCAAGCAGGUCCACCCCGACACCGGCAUCUCUUCCAAGGCGAUGGGCAUCAUGAACUCUUUCGUCAACGACAUCUUCGAGCGCAUCGCCGGUGAGUCGUCUCGUCUCGCGCACUACAACAAGCGCUCCACCAUCACGUCGAGAGAGAUCCAGACCGCCGUGCGUCUGCUGCUGCCCGGUGAACUCGCCAAACACGCCGUGUCCGAGGGCACCAAAGCCGUCACCAAGUACACCAGCUCCAAGUGAAUGUGAAUGAUGAUGAUGAUGAUGAAAACUCACGCGCUCUUCCUGCACAGAUGAUCUGAAGAAGAAUGACAG